CGGGCGGACUCCAUUUCCCAGAGAGCCGGUUCCCUGACUUCUCCCUAGUCUCGGCUCCUCCCCAUCGUGGCAGAGCCCGGGCAUGCUGGGAACUCAUGUGGGCAGUUUCAGCUCCUGGAAGGUUUGCUGCUGUGCUUCUAGGAUCUUUGCUGGGUGUCCAAAGAGGAAGUCUCCCCACUUUGGGGUUCCCACUCCCAGAAGGCCUAGAAUCUACCCGAAGCUGAGACACCAGAACCAGAGGGAAUAACUCUCAGGACCUCGAGGCCCACCUCCCAGGGGCAGAUACUAAUUUUGAAGUGAAGGAGAUGUCUAGAAAGCUGAGGUUUUUAUGGAAGGAUCUGGCCCCCAAAGAUGCAUGAAUGAGGUUCACCAUAACUGCAUUUUGAGAGAAAUCUGUGACUGAUAUCCAGGGCUCAUUAACAUUCAAGGAUGUAGCUGUGGACUUCACCCAGGAAGAGUGGUGCCUAUUGAACCAUUCUCAGAAGGAACUGUAUGUGAAAGUCAUACCGGAGAAUGUGCAGAAUCUACUCUCUGUGGGCAUCCGAAGAGGAAGUUUCCCUACUUUGGGACUCCCAUGCUCUGAAGGACCCCAGUCUGGCCCAAGCAGAGACCCCAGAACCAGAGGAAAUGACCCCCAGGACCCUGAGGUCCCCCUCCCAGGGGUCAAUAACAUUCAAGGAUGUGACUGUGGACCUCACACAGGAAGAGUGGUGCCUAUUGGACCAUUCCCAGAAGGAGCUAUAUCUGGAGGUCAUGCUGGAGAUGGUGCAGAAUCUACUGUCUGUGGGUCUCCCAGUUCCUAGAGAAUAUUGUACCUCCUGUUUUCAGCAAGGGAAAACACCAUGGCUGCGAGAGCAAAAAGACUCCUGUCCAGAGCCUAAUUUUGAAGUGAAGGAGAUGUCUACAAAGCUGAGGCAUUUUGUGGAAGGAUUUGGCCCAAAAAAAUGCAUGAAUGAGGGUCCCCAUGAUGUCAUUUUGAGAGAAAUCUGUGACUCUGGUAUCAAGAUAAAUAAAAAUCUAAAGAGUAACUAUGAAUUUGAUGUCACUGCAGAAAAAUUCAGUCAAUGUUCAGUCCUAGAUCAGUAUAUGAAAGUGACCUCAGGAAAUGACUAUUUUCAGGAUAGUCAAUACAGCAAAUGCUUUCCUGAAGAAGUAGGACUUGUUCAGUCAAAUGAGAAACCUCCUGGAAAGCCCAUGUAUCAAGGUAACCUAGGAGGAAUAGCCUUUGACUACAGUUUAGACCUCAUUAGAUAUUCAAAAAGUAAAUGGGUAGAGGUGGAUUCUGUGAAUGAUAAAGUAGGGAGACUUUUCAGUCAAAACUCUGAGCUUGCUUCACAUCAAAUAAUCCAUCUGGGAGAGAAACCAUAUGAAUGUAAAGAGUGUGGAAAGGGUUUUACAUGGAAGAAAUCUUUUGCUGCACAUCAGAGAAUCCACACUGGAGAGAAACCAUAUGAAUGUAAACAGUGUGGAAAGGCUUUCAUGCAGAGGGGCUCCCUUGCAGCACAUCACAGAAUCCACAAUGGAGAGAAACCUUAUGAAUGUAAUCACUGUGGAAAGGCUUUCACACAGAUGAGCUCUCUUGCAGCACAUCAGAGAAUCCACGAUGGAGAGAAACCUUAUGAAUGCAAUCACUGUGGAAGGGCUUUUAUAACAAGGACAUCUCUCACUAAACAUGAGAAAAUCCACACUGGAGAGAAACCUUAUGAAUGUAAACAGUGUGGAAAGGCUUUCACACAGAGGGGCCAUCUUGUUGCCCAUAAGAGAAUCCACAGUGGAGAGAAACCUUAUGAAUGUAAACAGUGUGGAAAGGCUUUCACAGAGAGGGGAUCUCUUGCUAGACAUCAGAGAAUCCACACUGGAGAGAAACCUUAUGAAUGUAAACACUGUGGAAAGGCUUUCACACAGAUGAGCUCUCUUGCAGCACAUCAGAGAAUCCAUGAUGGAGAGAAACCUUAUGAAUGUAAUCACUGUGGAAGGGCUUUUAUAACAAGGACAUCUCUCACUAAACAUGAGAAAAUCCACACUGGAGAGAAACCUUAUGAAUGUAAACAGUGUCAAAAAGCUUUCACACAAAGGGGCCAUCUUGUUGCACAUAAGAGAAUCCACACUGGAGAGAAACCCUAUGAAUGUAAACAGUGUGGCAAGGCUUUCACACAGAUGGGCUCUCUUGCUGCACAUCAGAGAAUCCACACUGGAGAGAAACCUUAUGAAUGUAAACAGUGUGGAAAGACUUUCAAACGGAGGGACCAUCUUGCUGCACAUCAGAGAAUCCACACUGGAGAGAAACCUUAAGAAUGUAAACACUGUGGAAAGGCUUUCACACCAAGGGGAUCUCUCACUAGACAUUAGAAAAUCCACACUGGAGAGAAACCUUUUGUAUUGGAAAAAAUCAUGCAUUAUUCUACAUCAGACAUUUAUUAGUAUUGGUAAUCUUAGAUUGUAAAUUUCCUAUUAAAAAUGAAUGAAAUUUAGGUUCUCUUCUGAAGGGAGAUAUUCAUCUCUCCUUAUGAAGAGUAGAGCAUGGGACAGAAAAUCCAAGACUCAAAUUUUUUUUUUAAUGUUGGAUAUUGUUUUUACACAUAAUUGUUGUCAAAAAUAAAAUAUGAAAUGAUGGAGACGAAUUGUA